UCUCUCUCUCUUCUCUCUCUCCCUCGCUUGGUCCAUCGAUCCCCCCACCUGCUCCACACGCUGUCCACGGACCACGAUGCGUCUCCAUCUCUCCGGACUCUCGCGCCGCAGCUUCAAGCCAUAUGUUGCGGAAUUUCUCGGCACUGCUCUUAUAAUCGUGAUCGGAGACGGGGUCGUGGCCCAAGCCCUGCUCUCCGAUUACCAGUAUGGCACCUGGCUCUCCAUCAACCUGGCGUGGGCGGCCGCGGUCUGUUUGUCCGGCUACAUUGCCGACCCCAGUCCCGCCAGCAAUCCCGCCAUUUCUCUCGUGAUGGCCUUUGUUCGUCCCCAGCCUGAUCAGUGGAGGAAAUUGCCCGGCAAGCUGUUGGCCCAGUUUCUGGGAGGGUUUGUGGGCGCCGCCAUUGUCUACAUCAACUACCGGUCGGCCAUCCUCGACUGGGAUCCCGAGUAUACAAUUCCGGGGGGAUCGAUUCUGAGUCCGCGGGGCCACCACUCGGCCGGCAUCUUCUCCACUUAUCCCGCCAGCUUUUUCUCUUCCAAUUGGGAGGCAGUCUUUUCGGAAGUUCUCGGAUCGGCCGUGCUCAUGUUUGGCUCGCUGAGUGUCUCCGACCCGGCCAACGCCCACCGCUUUCAUUCCCCCCAGCUCUCCAUGUUCCUGCUGCUGCUGGCCAUUGGCGCUGCCCUGGGCUGGCAGACGGGCUAUGCAAUUAAUCCUGCGCGCGACUUUGGACCCCGACUCUUCUCCGCCAUCCUCUACGGUCGGGAGGUUUUCACGGCUGCCAACUACUACUUUGUUGUGCCCCUGUUCGCUCCCGUCGUCGGUUGUUUCGUGGGCGCCACCGUCUACGACUCGCUUUUGUACGAAGGAGAUGGGUCGCGCAUUGCCGAUGCGCUGGAUAAGAUGGAGGAUGUGGAUGGCGAGCUGCGCCUGCACUAAAGCGGAAUCAUGAACAACCACGACAACAAAGCCGAGAUAUCGUCUGGACGAUACCGGGCUGCACGAAUAUUACUUGGAAACGAAACGAGGGAUAGACUGGAUCUGAAGACACCUGUGGUCCAUAUAGAUGAUAGACAAUUAUGCUAGACUGCGCUUGACGUAGAUCCCAAUAACACGGAUUGAUGCACGAUCACCCUCCUGGUCCGGGCGCCCG